UUAAAAACUUCGUAUUUUUUACGCGAGCUAUUGGGGUUUCUUUGCAGAGAACAAAAAUGGGAAGAAAAACAAGGAAGAAACAUGUAGACGACACACCCACUUCAUCUUCAUCUCCGUCAACCUCAGACGAUUCUAAAUCGUCGUUGGAAAGGCGCCAUCGGCAUCGGAAAGUCCGGCGUAGGAAGGAUGAAAGUUCCAGGAGGGAGAAAGAGCGAAAAAGAGAGAAAAGAAAGAGGAAGGAGAAAGAAAGGGAGAGAAAAAGAAGGAAAUCCCGGAGGGAGGAUAGAAGGGAGAAGAGAAGGGAUUAUGGGUCUGACUCUAAAUCCGGCUCCGAUUCCUCAUCCGGGUCUGAUUCUGAAGGGGAUAAAAGGCGGGUUGAGCCUGAAGUUGUCGUCCAACAGAUUUUGAAGGAGUUUCCUAAUGUUGGUAAUGAUUUGAAACAGCUUCUUCAAAUGAUUGAUGAUGGGCAAGCUGUUGACAUAAAGGGCAUAUCUGAAAGAUCACUGAAUAAGCAUUUGAAGAAGCUAUUCCUAUCUUUAAAACUAAAAGAAAAUGGUGAUAGAGUGUUUUUACUCUCUUCAAAAUCUCGUCCUACCUUGGGUGUUGUUGGCCACUUGAUUCAGGCUCAUACAGAACCCAAAGAGCAACAACUCACAAAUUCUGGUUCGGUGAAGGAUGCACACUCUAUCCCAGAGCAUGCUGAAUCUAGCCAAGUAAUGGAUGAAAAUAAUUCAGACAGAGAUGAUUCUGCCACCCCUAAAAGAAGGGUGAUUGGCCCUGCAAUGCCCUCAGCUGAGUUACUUGCUGCAGCAGCCAAAUUAACAGAAGCCCAGGCUGAGCUCAGAGAAGCUGAGAUAGAGGAAGAUGAUGAACUCUUUAUUGGACCUCCACCACCUGCUCUGGUUGCUGAGGCUGAAUCGGCAAAUGAAGCAGAACGUUUUGAAGAGGUCACAAGAAUUAUGGGUGUUGGAUCUGAUUGUCCAUAUGAUGUUAUAGGAGCAAACAGAAAUACGACUGCUGAUAAUAUAAAGAAAAAGUACUGGAAACUGUCUCUUAUGGUGCAUCCAGACAAGUGUCCUCAUCCACAGGCGCACCAAGCAUUUAUCAUACUCAACAAAGCUUUUAAGGAGUUACAAGAUCCAGAUAAGCGAAAAGCACUGGAUGAGAAAAUAAAACUGAAGGAGGAGCAGGAGGAAUUCAAGGCUGAGUUGCGAGCAAUGCGUGAAGCUGCACAAUGGAGAAGAUUGCAAGGUAUAUCAAUGGAGGGUGAUGAUGAGCUGCUCGCGGAGGUGGAAGUUAAAGCGCCCCCAAAAAGGGAUGAAUGGAUGACAACACUACCUCCCGAGAGGAAACCUGGUGUGACAAUGCAAUCGACAAAAUUUAGCAAGAGCACGAAAGAAGGGCGGGGUGAUACUAGUGUGUGGACCGAUACACCUUUAGAGCGAGCCCAAAAAGCAAAGAUGCAUUACUUGGAAGCCUACAAUGAGGCUGCUGCGCUUGCUUCGAAUGAAGAAGAAAAGACGAAGAGAAGCUUUUUGGAUGCAGAUUUGGUGGAUAAAUAUAAUAAAGAAAAACGAUCGAAAUCACUGGUACAGAAGCAUCAAGAAGAGGCUUCAAAGCGACCGAAGAAGAAAUCAAAGCAACAGUCAGAGAAAGAGAAAGAUGAGUGGGAGGGUAAACAUCCAUGGAAGCCAUGGGAUCGGGAGAAGGACCUGACAGCCGGAAGGCAGAGUGUGAAUCUCGAUACAGAAAACAUGGUUAAAGGUUUAACGUCCAGGUUUUCAACUGGAUCUUUUCAGAGGAGCUUCCUUUAAAGCCAUGGAAGUGAGUCAAUGUCGAUGGGACAUAGUUAAAACUCAACCAAAUCCAGGAGGUUGUUUAAUGAUGUUUCAUUUUGUAAUUUUAAAGAUAAGCAAGUUGUUUUAUUAUCCAAAAAAAGGCUUUAAAUUGCAUAAAAGUUGUAUUGUGAUGGUUUUGUUAUAUGGUGGAGGUUUUCUUUAAAAUGAUUAUAAAAACGUCUGAAGGUCAUGAUUCA